AUGUUCUCUGCCAUGCUGAUGGACGCCUGCCGUGAUGAACGCCCUGGGAUCCUCAUCGCCUACAGGACGGACGGCCGCCUUUUGAAUCAACGUCGGAUGCACCUCCAAUCACGCGUAUCCACAACCCCCGUUCACGAACUUCUCUUCGCCGACGACUGCGCCCAGAGCACCACCUCGAAAGAGGACAUGCAACGGAGCAUGGACCUCUUCUCCGCCGCCUGCUAG